CGAAGCCUUAGGCUUGCUCCAAACCUAUGUUUUGCAACUGGAAAAGGGGUCAAUGGUGCAGGUACCAAAUUACAUUUUUUCCAUUUUGCAAUUUGGUAUCUGUUUGAGUAUUUGUAAAUUCUUUUAGCUUGAAAUCUCAGCUUUGCUUUUACGAAUAUCUACGUGCUACUGGAUAGAUCCGGAUCUACGUCAAGCAAAACCAUAUUAUUGGUUAGACGUCCUAGUUACAUGUUAUGCAGUUUUAUUUAAGGUGGAUGCACUUACUGCUUUUAUAUCUUAAACUUCCUUAAGGAGCUCGUGGACUGGGAGUACAAGAGUAUGGAAAGUGGAAAGAUGCAUGCUUGUGGUCAUGAUGCUCAUGUGGCAAUGCUCCUAGGGGCAGCUAAGUUGCUUCAAAGCCAUAAGAAUGAUUUAAAGGGUUCUGUGAGGCUUCUUUUCCAGCCAGCAGAAGAAGGUUAUGCAGGUGCUUACCAUGUACUGCAAGAAGGCGUACUAGAGGAUGUUGAAGCCAUUUUUGGUAUGCAUGUUGACCCAGCUAUCCCAACUGGUACAGUUAGUUCUAGACCCGGUACUAUUCUUGCGGCAUCUGCUCGCUUCCUAGCAACUAUUAAAGGAAAAGGUGGGCAUGCUGCUGCCCCACAUACAACAAUAGAUCCAGUUAUCGCUGCAUCCUUUGCAAUUCUCGGUCUUCAGCAGCUUGUUUCUCGGGAAUCAGAUCCUCUUGAGAGCAUGGUAGUUUCAGUUGGGAUCGUGAAGGCUGGUGAUGCAUAUAAUGUUAUCCCAGAAUCUGUUACCUUUGGAGGAACCUUUAGGAGCGUAACAACUGAAGGACUAUAUAUUCUCCUAUCACGUAUACGAGAGGUUCUAAAAUUCCUACUAUAUUCAUGUUCAUUUUAAAACCCUCAUGAGUUAUGCAUACUUCUCACUAUAUUUUAAUCAACGAGGGCGGGAGGGGGAGAGAGAGGGAGAAG